AUGGUUAAGGCUGCUGUUCUCGGAGCCUCUGGUGGCAUUGGCCAGCCUCUCUCCCUCCUGCUUAAGACCUCCCCUCUCAUCGAUGAACUGGCGCUGUACGAUGUUGUUAACACUCCCGGUGUUGCUGCGGAUCUUUCGCACAUAUCCUCCAUUGCUAAAAUCUCUGGCCACCUUCCCAAGGAUGACGGCCUCAAGAAUGCACUAACUGGCACUGAUAUUGUCGUGAUCCCCGCCGGAAUUCCUCGCAAGCCUGGUAUGACUCGUGAUGAUCUUUUUAAGAUCAACGCUGGUAUUGUCCGCGACCUUGUUAAGGGCAUUGCCGAAUACAGCCCCAAGGCUUUCAUCUUGAUCAUCUCCAACCCUGUCAACUCCACUGUCCCAAUUGCCGCCGAGGUGCUCAAAGCCGCUGGCGUCUUUGACCCUACACGUCUCUUUGGCGUCACUACUCUUGAUGUUGUUCGCGCAGAGACGUUCACCCAGGAGUUCUCUGGCCAAAAGGACCCUUCAAAAGUGACGAUCCCUGUUGUCGGUGGUCACUCUGGCGAGACUAUUGUCCCUCUAUUUAGCAAGGCCUCCCCAGCCUUCCAGAUCCCAGCUGACAAAUACGCUGCUCUCGUUAACCGUGUUCAAUUCGGUGGUGAUGAGGUAGUCAAAGCUAAGGAUGGUGCCGGGUCCGCCACCCUAUCCAUGGCUUUUGCUGGUUUCAGGUUUGCUGAGAGCGUCAUCAAGGCCUCCAAGGGCCAGUCCGGCGUUGUCGAACCAAGCUACGUUUAUCUCCCAGGUGUUCCGGGAGGUGCGGAUAUCGCGAAGGCCACCGGCGUGGACUUUUUCUCGACUCCGAUCGAACUUGGGCCGAACGGCGUCCAAAAAGCCGUUAACAUCCUUGAGGGCGCCACCGAGGAUGAGAAGAAGCUUCUUGAUGUUGCUGUCAAGGGCCUUAAAGGAAACAUUGAGAAGGGCGUCGAAUUUGCCCAGAGUCCCCCACCAAAGUAA